AUGAAUCACAGGUCAGAAUUUGAAUAUGAAAACGCUGGAAUUGAUUUGAUAUGCCGGGGCAGGGCAUGGCAAUUGGCAAAUGCAAGUUGCAGAGGACCUGAGGUUCCAAAAUGUGCCAUUUUUCAUGAAUUGCAACGAAAAUGGAAUAGACAGACGGAUUCACGUUCUUGUGGGAUCCUAAAAUGUUCAAAAACAGAAUCUUUCCCCACCCCACCAACCCAACCACCGCACGCAGCUUUACGCCCUUACCAAGAUACCUUCUCUUCGCCUCUCAAAUUACUCCAAUUAUCUCUCGAGUUAAGUGGUUCUGGAAAUAUUCUAAAAUUCUGGGUGAUUUUACGAUUGAUCUGCCAAAAAGCUCUUCAUUUUCUGAUUUACAGAAUUUUUGCAAUAAUGGAGUCUUCGAAAGAGACUGGCUGCCAAGCGCCAGAAUGCCCCAUUCUUUGCAUCAACAACUGUGGCUUCUUCGGAACUGCGGCUACCAUGAAUAUGUGCUCCAAGUGCCACAAAGACACGAUUAUGAAGCAGCAACACACCAAACUUGCAGAUUCUUCCAUUAAGAACUUGGUUAAUGGUGUCUCAGGCAGUAAUGUGAAAGAGCCUGUCAUGACUGAUGCAACGGAUGUGCAUGCUGGAGCAGUGGAGUCGAAGGCCGCAUCUAAACACACGUCGUCUGAUUUAUAUUCAGGUCAGAGUUCAGAAGUAAAGAUGAAAGACGGCCCAAACAGGUGCACUGCUUGCCAUAAGCGUGUGGGUUUAACAGGUUUCAACUGCAGGUGUGGCAAUCUCUUCUGUUCAGUUCAUCGUUACACUGACAAACACGAUUGCCCGUUUGACUACCGGAUGGCUGCUCAGGACGUUAUAGCGAAAGCAAAUCCUACUGUUAAAGCGGAGAAGCUCGAUAAGAUCUAG